AUGGCAGACUCAUCCAUGCGAGACUACGGUCUCGCUGCUCCUCACGGCCCAAACAUGGGCGGCGAACAUGUUGCAACCGCGAACCUUGACAUGAAAGACGGCGAGGCCUCCGUCUUUCGCGGUCUUCUUCUACCCAACGACAGCUACGACGAGAACGGCACAUACUGGGCCGACAUGCCCAUUGGCAAGCGUGUUGCCUUUGUUAACAAGGUCGACUCGGAGGAGGCCAAAAACGAACUCCGGGAAAUCGGCAGCAUGAUGAAGGCUGAUCCGCUAAGUCCCAUAAGCUUCUACUUUCGCAACAUGGUCAUUCCCGGAAUGGGACUUUUACUCGAAGGAUACGUGCUAUUCUCAAUUGGAAACCUGAAGCCACUCUUCGCAGCUGCAUUCCCGUUGUGUUGGGGAAAGGAGAAUGUCGUCUGCAAUAAGACAUGGAUUCAAUCUGUUGACUACCUUGAAAUUUGUGGAAUCAUCGUCGGCCAGAUUCUUGUAGGAGUUCUGGGCGAUUGGCUUGGUCGACGAUGGGGGCUGAUCCAGKACGCCGUCAUCAUGUUUGUCGGAUUGCUCAUGCUCACAGCCUCGUGGGGACUCACACUUAACGGCUGGGUCAUUUGCUAUGUUUGGUCUCUGUUCUUCUACGGAAUUGGCGUUGGCGGUGAAUACCCCAUGACUGCUACCUCCGGGAUGGAAAACGCUGUUGGCUCUGGGAAGAUUUCUACUCGCGACGAUCGUCUACACCGCGGCCGCAAAGUUACCUCUGCAUUCCUCAUGCAAGGAUGGGGUCAAUGGUUGAACCAGGUCAUCCUCAUCCUUCUACUGUUGAUCUUCCACGGUGGCAGCUCAACUGCGCCAUACGGCAAGGUACUGGUGCAGUGGACCUACCGUGUCUCGUUUGCGAUUCCCGCUGUUGGAACCCUCUGGCUUUGCUACUACCGUACCUACAAGAUGAGGUCUGCAUCCAAGACUCUCCAGCAGGCCAAGAAGAAGGGAUCUGUCACUGGCUACGAUACGAAGUCCUUGGGCUUGACCUUCACCUACUUCGGUGGACGUAUUCUCGCAACCGCGGGUACAUGGUAUGCCAACGAUGUCUUCUUCUAUGGUAACAAGCUCUUCCAGGCCGAGUUUAUCGCGACGAUCACGGGUAACACUAGCUCUGUCAUGGUCAACUGGUUGUGGAACCUCCUGAACAUUGGUGUGUCGCUUGUGGGCUACUACCUAGCCUCCUUCCUGAUCGACAACAAGAACUAUGGCCGCAAAUGGAUGCAAAUCAUCGGUUUCUUGGGCGACUUCAUCUGCUUCGUCAUUCCGGCAUUCAACUACGAAUACUUCGCCAAAGGWGCCGGAGUGCAUAGCUUCAUGGCGAUGUAUUUCCUCUCCUCCUUCUUCAACCAAUUUGGUCCAAACUCCGUUACUUUCCUGGUCGCCGCGGAAGUCUUCCCGACUCCCGUACGUGCUUCUGCUCACGGUUUCUCCGCUGCUUGCGGCAAGCUCGGUGCAUUGACAGCGGCCGUCUUGUACAACUACAUUGACGUGCCCACUCGCUUCCUGGUCGUCCCUUGGUUCGGUCUCGCCGGAGCUCUUCUCACCUGGAUUUUCCUUCCCGAUACCACAGGGCUUGAUCUCAAGGAGCAGGAGCGUCGUUGGGCUUACAUUCGCGCUGGACGGGAAAAUGAGUACCACGGUGUCGCCAUUCAUAAACAGCAUCUGUCCUGGUGGGAGAUAAUGCGUGGGGUUCACAAGCCGUACAACGCCGAGCUGGACUAUCAACAGCGUGUAGAAGAGAUGAGAGCUGACUGGGAAGCCGCCAUGGCACGCAAUGCCACCGAGAAGGAGGGUCACGAGGCUCCCGAAGAUGACGACUGGAGCUCCGAGAUAAGUACGUUCUUCGAACGCACACGAGGUCAGAAGGGUGCGAAUUCGCCCUUCAAGCCGGGAGCGAACGGGAAUGCCAGCGACCUUAAUGGAUCUCCCAUUCAAGAGGAGAAGGGUCAUGAUGAGAAGCAGUUGUAA